UCGGAGGCGCACAUCCUGCGCGCUUCCCCCAGCCACCUAAUCAUUUCUGGUGAGCUAAUUAAUAAGCUGCCUGUGCCCCGCGAUGCACGGCUUCCUAUGGGUUGCAGCGAGAGGCAGCUUUGCUCCUCCCCGUCUCUCCUGCCGCUGACUCUGCCCACUGAGCCGCACGAAGAACCGACGAGGAGAAAUGGAGGGGGAAUUGGCCAGGAGCAAAGCCCGGCUGCCCUCGCUGCUCCUGACGUUGCUCGGCCUCGGGCCAGGCAUCUUGGCAGAGGCCCGUUUUAAGGCGGACAAUGAGGUUUUGCAGAUGCUGGCUGGGAACUCCUCCCAGACUCUGUUGGAGCGUUGUUCUGAGCUCCUCUUCGGCCAAGCCCGGGUGCAGCCCCAGCAGGUGAACGGCGUCCUGGGGGGGUCCGUGCUGCUCUCCCCGGCUCUGCCCCCCAACAAGACGGUGAAGGAGAUCGAGUGGAGCUUUUCAUCCGGCGCCGGCACCACCAUUCAAGUGGCAGAGUUCGGUCCCGGCGGCAGCUUCGAGCGCCCAGACCCCAAGGACCGGUUCAAGGACCGGCUGGAGAUGUUCAACGAGACGGCGCUGAAGAUCAGGGCCCUGGAGCGGGGCGACAGCGGGGUCUACGGGGCUCGGAUUAAACUGCACCCGGCGCUGGUGGAGGAUCAGUCCUUCAGCCUCUCCGUCUACGAGUCGGUGCCGAGCCCCCGGACCCGCAGCCAGCUCCUGGCCAGCACGCUGGAGUGGUGCAACCUGACGCUGCAGUGCCAGGGUGCCGGCAAAGGCGCCGUCAACAUCACCUGGAAAAGGGACAGCGUCAUCUGGGACCUGACCUCCGACCGCCACCAGCUCUCCCCAGACGGGACCACCCUACGGCUGACCCUGCCGCCCACCGCCGCCAACGUCACCUACGCCUGCACGGUCAGCAACCCCGCCGACCAGAAGGUCGUCCACUUCGACCUGAAAGCCAUCUGCCAAAGCGGAGGGGGACAGUCGUCCUUCUCGAAGUCAGGGUACAUCGUCCUGACCCUCAUCCUGGUCGUGGUGAGCUUGGGGGGAGCCUUCUGGUGCUGGCGGAUGAAUAGCGAGAAGGCGGCAGAUCCAGCUGCCACCCCCACGGUGCCCGCCGAGGAGAGCCCCUCCGACCCCCAGUACACCGAGAUCGUGCGUCGGAGCCCCCCGGAAGGUAAUGACCAGGGCCUCAGUCACCCUGAAAACAACCCGGAGCAGAGCCCGCCGCAGAAAGCACCGGUCACCACCAUCUACGAGCAGAUCCGCCGGGCGCCAGAGGACACGGCCGAGGAGGUGACAUAGGCCCUCAGGCACCCGCAGAGCCGGAGCAUCGGGAUUUCCCGGAAGGGCUGUAAAGUGCGUUGUGUGCCAAAUCCGACCCCUCCAGCCCCCGUUUCGGCUCCGGGGAUGGGAGGCACCAUCUCGGGGCGAGAGCCAGAUGGAUGCUUUCUCCCCCCCCCCCACCUCCGGUUUAUCUCCGACCUCCUUCUCCGACGCCCUCCGAGACUCUUUGGGGAAUGGGAUCCCGGACCGAGACAGAGACGAGCGGCGGCGGCGAAGCUGGGGGACCCUCCGUGGUCGCUGGGUGCCCCGGGAUGGGGGGGGACACCCCGGGGUUCACCUCCCGCAUGCCACCGCUUGGCUGGGGCUGGGGGCACAUCCCGGUGCCGGCCAGGCCACGCCGCUUCGGCAGGGCACUGCGGGUCCUGCAUGAGACCCCCGUGGGGCGGAUUGACACCCCCCCAUCCCCUCAGUGCCCCCCCCGCCCCAGCCUCCAGCUCCCCCCAGGGCCGUGCAGGGACCCUCUGUGGGGUGAUGCCCAUGCAAAGGGGGGGACCUGCCCACCCGCUUCGCUGCUGCCACAGAGACACAGAGUGGGGGACACCGGGGCGUCCCCCCAGCCCCGUCCCAUGCAGCUCCAUGGGAGCGGAGCCGGGUGGCGACUCUGGGGCCACGGAGGGAUGCAGAAGGGACCGUCGCCCGUGCAGAUCCACCGAGAAGCACCCCCCUCCCUUCCCCGCCGCCAUAGCUGUUGCCCGUGUAGCCCGUUGCACGUCACGACGGAGGGGGUGUCUCACUGCCUGUGUGUCCAGCACCUACUGUCACGGGACCUCCCGCCGUUGUAAAAACAGCAAAUAAAUGUUGGUGAGAUCAAAGGGGAAGAGCCGGCAGCGGAGGGGGCGCGCGUGGGCAGGCACGUACACGCGUGCGCGGGCGUGUGCGUACACGCACGCCCGUUUCUCUUCGUGCAUCCGCACGUGGACCCGUUGCAGUAAAAGCAUCCCGGGGCCACGCAAAACCCCCAGGUUUGGGCCUCCACGCCAAGAAACCCCAGCCCAGCCUGCUGCACGCACGGCGGGGACGCAGCCGCCUCUCACUU